AUGGCUGCACCCACCCGCAACCACAAAUCCCUGGCGGUCUUACUCUGCGGUAAAACAUCCGGAAAAACGCGCGCAGAAAAUGGGGACUAUAUCGACAUCUACAAGCGCUUCCUCCAAGAUUCCCUAGAUUCCCAUACAGCAGUCCUCUCCCCCACUCAGAAGAAUGCUUCCAACCUAGAGAACCCGUCUAAUAACAAUGACAACUCGGAUGCACAGCCCGUCUGGCAAUUCACUCUCGACUCAUAUGAUGUCUUUGAAGCUCAGGAAUUCCCAACUGAUGAGAAGCUCGACGACUAUGACGGUAUCAUUAUCACUGGUUCUCCUUCGUCUGCGUACGACAACGUGGACUGGAUUAACAAACUCGUCGCCCUCACUAAACGUGUCGUCGAAACCAAGCCCAAGAUCAAGCUAAUCGGCAUUUGUUUCGGCCACCAAAUCAUCGCACGCGCGCUUGGCGGGGAAUGUGUACCCAACACCCAAGGCUGGGAAGUCGGACCUACGAACAUCGACCUCACCGACCUCGGUAAACAGAUCUUCGGAGGCUUGGACACCAUCACACUCGAAGAGAUGCAUCGAGACCAUGUUCCAGUCGACCGUACACCACCUUCGUUCCACCUGCUAGGUUCAACGGAACGGUCGGGAAACCAGGGAAUGGUCAAGUUCUACGAUGAGGCAGAUGUGCCACCUCCAAGUGUGACGCCAGCAACUGUACCGAAUACCACGACGUCGAAUGUCAACCCAGAAAACCCGGCCAUCGCCAAUACCCAGCCAUCAACUUUCGAGGCCAAUACCCAAUCCCCGCCUCUCACCGCGGACUUGGUCAGCAACCGUGAGCUCUUGAAGAAGGUUCAGGUCUUCACCGUGCAGGGUCACCCAGAAUGGAACGAGAAGGUUGUCACGCCCUUGGUGGAGGAACGGAGAGGCAAGGUCAUUCCGGAAGACAUUGCAGAUCAGGCCAUGGAAAGGCGAUUCUGGAGAAACGAUGGCGUGAGUGUGGUGGGAAGCAUCGUCUGGAGUAUCCUGGGCGUCUAG